GCAGAGCCAAUGAUGUGAUCGACUGAGAAGCCUUGCAAAACAAGAAGAGACUGAGAGACAUCAUCUCAUCUCCCAGAGCUACUACUCAACACUGACUGACUCACACACACACACACACACACACACACUGCACUUCCCCCCUCUCAUCACACAGAAGAAGAGCCACGCACACACACACACAUCCACACUCAAACACACACCCAUAUUCCGAGUCAGUGGAUCUAGAUUCUCUCUCUCUGCCUGUCUUCCUGAGUUUCUGUUGGAAGAUGCUCUGCUGGGAGUUGUGUCUGACCCUGCUCCUCUGGGCUCGUCCUGCGAGGACCAUCCCUUCCACCAACGUCAAGAUCACACACGCCUUCCCCCUCCAGUUGCCAGAACCAGGCCUUCCCGUCACCUGUCCGUUGUUCUGGACUGAGUUUGAAGGUCACUGCUACCGUUUCUUCCCUCUGAACCGUACCUGGGCCGAGGCUGACCUGUACUGUGCUGAAUUCUCCAACGGUCUCAAGUCUGCCAAACUCACCUCCGUACACAGCUGGGAGGAGAAUGUGUUUGUCUACGAUCUCGUCAACAGCCGUAUCCCAGGGAUACCAACAGACAUAUGGAUCGGCCUUCACGACAGGAGACAGGAGGGCACUCUGGAGUGGACCGACGGCAGUAACUAUGGAUACAGCUACUGGGAUGGCAACCAGCCUGACGACGGCAUACACCGCAUCCCCGAAGAGGAAGACUGUAUCGAGAUCUGGUACAGGCAGAACAGCGCGCUGAGGUCCUGGAAUGAUAACAGCUGUGACAAAGCCUUUCCCUUCGUGUGCAAGAUCCCCACAGUGGACAACUAGACCUCUGGGGUCCAACACACACACACACACACACACAUACAUUCUUGCUGCUGUUGUUGCCUUCUCCUUCCUCAACCUCCCUUUCUUCUUAUCCUCCCUCACCCCUCCCUCUCUUCAUCUCCUACCUCAC